CGAAGAACAAAAGUUCUCUAUUUAACUAGGUCCCAUUUAAUUUGAAAGAAAUGUAUUCCAUUUCGCCCUAAUCACUUUGAGUGGGAGCUAUGGCGCUUGCGACGUUCUUGCUUGUCUUGUCGGCGAUCGCCGGGAUUUCAUCGCUCGAGGAUGCGUUUCUCCGCGAGAUUUCGACGGCGCGGCCUCGGCACCAGGCCGAGCAGAUGAUCCGGGCUAUGAAUUUGCUGCCGCAUGUCGACGAUUCCGCGGAGGAUUCUUCUCCGGAGCUGGAAAUGUCGGUGGAACGUCUUGUGGAGCGCCGGGUUGAGCUGGGAAUCAAGGGCGAUUCCGAGUCCGAGGUCACGGUGGAGGAUCUUGGACACCAUGCGGGAUAUUUCAAGCUGGAGGGCACGCACUCCGCGAGGAUGUUCUACUUCUUCUUUGAGUCGCGACGGAAUCGAUCGAAGGACCCUCUUGUCCUUUGGAUGACCGGCGGCCCGGGCUGUGGCAGCGAGGUCGCUCUCUUUUAUGAGAAUGGGCCGUUUCACAUCGCCAAGAAUCUAUCUCUCUACUGGAACAAGUAUGGCUGGGACAAGGUUUCCAACAUCAUCUUUGUCGAUCAACCAAUUGGAACGGGAUUUAGCUAUAGCAGUGACGUUCGAGAUAUCAGGCACGAUGAGAAAGGCGUGAGCAAGGAUAUGUAUGAUUUUCUCGAGGCAUUCUUCAAGAAGCAUCCCGAGUAUGCUGACCGGGAUUUCUAUGUCACCGGAGAAUCUUACGCUGGCCAUUAUAUCCCCGCUGUUGCAACUAACAUCCACGAUCACAACAAGAAGAAAGAUGGCAUCACCAUCAACCUCAAGGGCGUGGCAAUCGGGAAUGGGCUUACACAGCCGGAGAUCCAGUACGAGGCUUAUGGUGACUACGCGUUGGAGAUGAAACUCAUCAAUGAGGACCAAUACAAGAAGAUCAGCAAGAUUUAUCCGGUUUGUAGCGUGGCUGUCAAGCUCUGCGGAGAGAAGGGGACUGUGACUUGCCUUGCAGCUUUGCUUAUCUGCCAGACGAUUUUUCAGUCCAUCUUAUCUAUAGCUGGUAACAUAAACUACUACGACAUAAGGAAGCCAUGCGUGGGCCAACUUUGCUACGACUUCUCGGCCAUGGAGGAGUUCCUCAACCAAGAUUCCACCCGAGUCGCCUUGGGUGUGAGGAACCGCACCUUCGUCUCAUGCAACCCCGUGGUCUACGAAGCUAUGCUCGUCGACUGGAUGCGAAACCUGGAAGUGGGAAUCCCAGCUCUUCUGGAAGAUGGCAUCAAGCUGCUCGUGUACGCAGGCGAAUACGAUCUCAUUUGCAACUGGCUCGGAAACUCUCGCUGGGUCACUGCCAUGGAUUGGUCCGGCCAGCAAUCUUACGCGGAGGCAUCGUGGGAGGAUUUUAGCGUGGAUGGCGAGACGGCAGGCUCGGUCUCUGGCUAUGGUCCCUUGACCUUCCUCAAGGUCCAUGACGCGGGGCAUAUGGUGCCGAUGGAUCAACCAAAGAACUCGCUGGAAAUGAUCUCGCGAUGGAUGAAAGGAGAUUCGCUUGCUAGGGGAAAAGAAGAGAUGGCCAUAGACGAGGAGGCUUUCUUGGUAGAGACCUUUUGAGAAGAACGUAGCGAACCUGGCGUGAAGAACAGAGUCCCCUGUUUUAAUCAAAGGAGGCGUUUGGAGUUC